UGGUGUCACAUAAAAAUAUUCCCUUGCACGUUUGAAACUACUGAAGGAAAAAUGCUUGGUCAAAAACAAUAGUCAUUUUUUCGUUGCAUUUUUAUAUUCGAAUAAAUAAUCUCGAUGUCUGACAUCGGCAGUGAAUGGCAGGUGCAACGUCGACGAAAGGGCGCAUCCAGAAAUUUCAAGUCAUUACAAAUGUCGCCAGCAUUGUGCAAUGAGCCACUGGAUGUUGGGAAAACUCUUAAAAGGAUCAAAGAAAUAGUGGCUGAAAUGAGAUGUGAAGGGUUUUGGAAAGAAUGGAAAGAGCAGAUGCUGGCGGCAGUAUCAUUGAACCAAAAAGACACGGAGUCCUCUUCAGGCCAACUGCAUGAGAGUUUGGAUGCCAAAAUAUGUUCACUUGAGUGUGUAUGUUAUGGCCUGGGCACCUUUUCCUCAUGCGUGUCUGCUCGUUAUCAGCUUGCUAUAAUGCUCCUUCUCCUGGAUGCAGCAAAGAUUCCAUUGAAACACUGUCUAGUUUUUGAUCCUGCUUUCUCCUCUGGAGAAAAAGAUGUACUCCGGGAGUUGGGUCUGACUGUACUCACAGAAAAUGAGGAGGGGAAGCGAUUGGCGACCAAACCCACGCUCUUUUAUCUCAUGCAUUGUGGGAAAGCCCUGUACAACAACCUCCUGUGGAAGAACUGGAGUCCAAACUGUCUGCCACUUGUGGUAAUAAUUGGAAACAGCUUCAAUGGCAUGAGAGAGAGGAUGAUCGAAAGAGAGUUCAAGCGGGACUACAGCUACAUCAACCAGGCAGUGACUAUAUGUGAGGAGAGACAAUUGACCUGUCCAUCUCAUCUGACUGACGUCUUUUGUGACACUGCACUCAUAACCUUUAAUUCUAGCAAAGUAAACACCCUCAAUCAGUCUACCUGGACAGAGCCACCUGAACCACAAUAUCAGCACUGCUCUGAUUUGGAAAUAAUACUAAGAGAAUCUCAGAAUGGAGAAAGCACAUGAACUAUGGGAUUCACUUACACUGAUCAACAUUGUCCCAAAAUGACAGGAAGAUGAUGUGGCUGCUGUUCACCGGAAGGACUUUACAGCCAACACCAUGUCCAGCUGUCCACCUUAUUGAUUGGAAUAAAAACCUCAACCUGU